AAUAUCUAACAAAACAGGGACCUAGUCACGAUGGCCGGGUGUGAGCGGCGGUUAGUGCGCUUCAAGGGGCUGUGCUGCCUGCUUUUCUUGGAGAGGGGGCAGCAUAAAAGCAAGUGCUUGACGUGCGUACGGAAGGUACGUGGAAGUUUGCGUAAUAGUGAUUCUGAGAAAUGGAGAACAGCAUAUAUCAAGUUUAUGAAGAUGAAAUUCAGUCGUUGGAAGAAGAAAUUAAAAUGUUGGCUGAAAAGUAUGAAGACAGCCAACAAGAAUCCAUGUUUUUUUCCGAUGAGGAGAUACUAAUGUCAAUCAAGUCAUUCCAAAGAGAAUUUCAGGAAGAGUUGAAGGGACAUGAAUCUCCAUCAGACCUGAAAGCUCAGCUUGAAAGUCUAGAAGCAGAUCUCUUAUUUUUAAUGAAGUUUACUGGUAUUUGGUUCACAAGUCAUUCUAAGAAAACUGUGGAAAAAACUGGAAACAGAACAAUACAGAAGCACAAGUUGUCAGGAAAUUGCCGCUCCCUGCCUUUUCAAUUGGAAUUUCAGGUUCUUGAAAUAAAGAACAAAGAAAGAGUGUCUGCCAUUAUUACUGAUCUCAAAGUUAAAAUGGAAUCUGGGGAAUGUUCAAGUGUAAGCAAGUUUGUGUCCAGCACUGAAGAAAAUGGAAAUCUUUUGCCAUUUUUCAGAAGCCUUUCAUCUUACGCUGAUUGGUAUGAACAUCGUAGAUGCACCUUCCUACAUUUCAAGGCCAGAUACCCUGACAUUGUAAAACUUCCUGAAGGAGUGCUGGGAGAUUAUAUAGUUCUAAGGAAUCCUAAAUCUUCUGGGUUUGAAUUAAUGAUUGUUUGGAAGAUACAUGUAGAGGAAGAUGGGAGAACAACACCUGUUCUGGACCUUCUGACUAAAGUACCAGAGCGAGUCCUGGAGCAGAAGAUAGCAACUAUUGAAAAUGCACCUACCUGCUUCCGAAGUAUGCUGCUUUUGUUUGGGAUUGAGACAGCUAUUGAAAAUCUUAUCAAAGUGGUUGGCUUGAAAAAGUGAAUGCCAGCAUUACUUAUAACAGGUAGCAAUUUCAAAAGUAGUUUUAAUUAACAUAUUGUGUUACACAGUCUAUAAUUUUAUUGAAUAUAAACAUUAAGUUAUUCUCCAUUUAGAAACCAUACUCAUAAAACAUGCUAUCUGUACAAUUAUGGCACGUUAUAUAUAAAUUGUCAUGACAUGAAAAUAAAUACAGCCAUUUAAAUACAAAAAUGCCAAAUAAAAUAGUUACAUGUACAG